AAGAUAUUAAAAUAAACGAUCGAAACAUAAAUUGGAUAUCCUCAUUUAUUAUAAUAUGAAUUUAAAUAUGAUUGUGAAGGUUAUAAUUUACAUCAAAUAGGUUAAAUGGUUAAUCAAAACAAUUUUGGGUCCCAUAAAACGGGUGCAGAUGGAGGGUCAGCGCCGCUACCCCCAUCGAAAGAAAAAGCAUACUAAAACCCUCGAUAAACCCUCGGUCGAAUCCCCAAAAUGGAUCACAUCGCCGCAGCGGAGGAACGAAUUGUAACAGAGAAAUUGAGGCAAAAGCUCAACGAGGUUAAUUCCGCUGUUCAAUCCCAGCUCAACGUUGUUCAGGACCAUGUCAAUUUCACCCUCCAGAAAGCGUACUUUAGAUGUGCGUACGAGUGCUUCGACAGGAGGAGGAGGCAGGAAGACAUAAGCAUGUGCGUUGAGAAUUGCAGCAUGCCUGUUCUUCAAGCUCAGAAUCUCGUUGAAGGCGAAAUGGCCAAAUUUCAGGAACGAUUGAAUAGGUCACUGAUGGUAUGCCAAGAUAAAUUUGAGUCUGCAAAGAUGCAACAGAUGAGGACUGAUGCAACAAAGGAUAUGGAAUCAUGUGUUAAUCAGACAGUUGAAGAACAUGUCAAGGCAUUGCCACAUUUGGUUGCAAAAUUGAAGGCUUCCCUCAACAUCAAUCCCAUAAACGAGUGAAAAAUCAUUGCAAUAUGCAUUUUCUUGUAGCAACUCAUAGAAUAUUAUGCAUGGAGAGGUAAAGAAGCAUAUGCUAAUAUACAUUUACAUUUUGCUGAUGGAACUUGAAUAAUUGAGCAAGUUUUAUUCUUGAUUUACUAAUACUGUGAAACUGAAAAAGAAAUGAUGUUGAAGUUAGGAGUGUCAUAUUGGGUUAGUGUGUCAUGUUUUUAUGCAACAUAACACUAGUUUUUUAUGACACCACAUGAUAUGACACGAGUUACUAAUACAAAAACGAUCCAGAGUCAAAAUAUAACAAAAUAAACAUGACAAAAUAAAUGGAAAAUAACAAUUAGGCAUUAGUUUACUUGAUUCAUGAGUAAUCAUACAAAACACAUGAAACGUGU